GAGUGUGGAACCAUGCAUUGGCCGACGAAUGAAACGUUCAUCUGGUCGGGAGCAUUGGACACGAACCGGACGAUAGAUGCCAACGACAAUCAAGGUGGCCCCGAGGUUGUCAUUGUUCCAGUGGUUUUUGGGUGUAUAUUUUUCCUUGGAAUUGUUGGCAACACGCUGGUCAUGAUUGUAAUAGGAAAAAUCAAGUCAAGGCGCUCGAGAAGUACUACAAAUAUUUUCAUCCUGAAUCUCAGCAUUGCUGACCUUAGUUUCCUACUUUUUUGUGUCCCGUUUCAGGCAACUAUUUACUCCCUACCAGAAUGGAUAUUUGGAGCUUUUUUGUGUAAAUCUGUGCACUAUUUUGUGACGGUGAGCAUGCUUGUUAGCAUCUUCACGCUCGUGGCAAUGUCAGUGGACAGAUAUAUCGCCGUGGUGCUCUCCAAAAAGGCUCCUUGCAUUCGCAACAAGAGAAAUGCUUUGAUAGGGGUUUGUGCCAUUUGGUCGCUGUCAUUCAUCUUCGCAGUGCCAGUCGCUCAACACCAAAUACUGACUAACCACCCGGAUGCACCAAACAGUUCUUUUUGUUGGGAAAUCUGGGUUUCCGGUGUUUCCAAACACACAUACAAAUUGACAAUAUUAGUAAUAGGUUACCUAUUACCUUUGGUGUUAAUAAUAUGCUGCUAUGCAAAGGUGUUGUUCCAUCUGCAUAACAAGAUGAAGAAUAUGUCGAAGAAAUCAGAAAGUUCAAAACGAAAGACUGCUCAGACGGUCCUGCUUGUGGUGACAGCCUUUUUGAUUUGUUGGAUGCCUCACCAUAUAAUUGCUAUGUGGGUGGAGUUUGGCAUGUUCCCCUUGAACGAUGCCUCAUUCGCCUUCCGCAUCAUCUCUCACUGCCUGGCUUACGGAAACUCCUGUGUUAACCCUAUCCUCUACGCCUUCCUGUCUGAGAACUUCCGGAAGGCCUGUCGCCAAGUCUUCACCUGCCAUUUUCUCUACCCCCCUCCCCCUGUGGAGAAGGUGGUACGCAUUCGCAUGGAUAACUUCUCUACCACCCACUCCAUCAUCAACAUGUGAGCAGGUGUAGACAAAGUCGAAUAUUUGAAAUUGUGAUCUUUAAAUCAAGUAUUGUGUCAGUAUUAUGGCAUAUACAUUUGGAUAAAUAAUACACAAUAUGAUAUAUUUGUAUAGAUAAUUCCAGACACUGAAUAUCUGUCAGU